CCGGGUAGUGAGGACAACAGUAGAGGUGCAGGACUUUGGGGAGGCUGGGGUAAAAUCAGCAACGUAUUCAUCCCUCCAAUCGAACUUUACUUGCCCUUAGAAAAUGUUUGUUUUGACCGGGUUUUCUUGUCCAGCGAUAUAUAAAAUCAGGGACCGCCCGGCCCAAUAUACUAGUCCUCAUCGAUUACCCAAACCGAAACGCCAACCAACCCCAUUCACAUUCAACCAGCCCUCUUUUGUUGUGACCUCUUAUCUCGGCGAGACUUUCACGGUCGCCGGUAAAUCGGAAUUUACGGCAAGUGGAGAACCACCGGCGGUGGCUAUGAUGUCGAGAAAAAAUGCGUUGAUGAAGCUGAAUUUAGCUAGUAUAGGCUUGGCGAUGGUUUUGGUGCUGGGAAACGCCCCAAAAGUGGCCCUGGCUGCUAAUUCUGUUUCGGCUUUUGUUCAAAACUCUAUCUACUCCAACAAGAUUACCGUCUUCUCUAAAUCGUAUUGCCCGUAUUGUCUUCGUACAAAGCGUAUAUUCAGUGAACUAAAUGAGCAGCCUUUUGUUGUGGAGCUUGAUCAUCGAGAAGAUGGAAAUCAAAUUCAAGAUGUCCUUCUAGAUCUGGUCGGUCGCCGCACUGUCCCUCAAAUAUUUGUAAAUGGGAAGCAUAUUGGCGGUUCUGAUGAUCUUCAGAAUGCCGUUGAAAAUGGUGAGUUGCAGAAGCAUCUUAGCAAAGUUUAAAGGGAAGAAGUAAAAGUUAAAUGCAUUGACAAUUACAUAACAGCUUGAAGGUGAUUUUACAAUUUUUUCCUUGGUUUUGCCGUGAUGACUGGUAUUUAAAUGAUAGUAUUAACAGUUGAAGCUUCAUGAAGCUAUAUAUAUCUGUAAGGACAUGUUGAUAUAAUAUGAUCUCUGCCAUUAAUGAUUCA